CUGCCGAUCGCCAUCCGCUGCAGUCCAUCCUGCCAUCGUCAUGGCUGCCAACACCGGGGGCGUUCUCAGGGCGGCUGGUGCGGUGUUGCCGCUGCUGCUCGCCUUGUUCAGCGCGGUGGGUUUCAGCGCAGCACACGAGGUCCUGCUGCCCGCCUCGUUCGGCGUGCUGCCGCAGUACACCCCACUGCCGCCCCCGGCGCCGCUGCCCACCGUCUACCUCCGCGGCCUCGACCUGGACCUGCCCGUCGCUCUCCCGUCCCCGGCCCCCUCCGUCCCAGACCACGUGACCCCCGUUCUACGCGCUGGUGCCCCUGCAAUCCUGCUGCUGCCCCAGACACAGUCCAGCGGCGUGUACCACCUAUCUGACCAGCACCACCAGUUCCCGCCAUUCCUGGAGAACGUGGUGAACCGCGUGCAGAACCUCUUCUCCUCCUACGUGCAGGUGGAUCCGUUCAACACUCCGUUCGGCACUCCGAGACCGCCCGUGGCCGCAGUUCCGGCGACCACCGGCGCCCCGAGCGCGAGUGUCACGGCAGCCCCGGGCGACGGCUCCACGGCAGCCAUCACCACCACGACGACCACGACAACCACAGCCAAGACGCAGGGCCGCGGCAUCAACGUGCGCCUCCUCGCCCCCGGCCAACCCCCAGCUGGGAGUGGUGGCCCCGGACACGCCGGCUCCGUCCAGCUGCCCCGCGACGUCGAGCUCCUCGACGGACGGCUCCAGCAGGUGCAGCGGCAGGUUUCCUCCUCGGCUGGGCCGGGGCAGCCGGUCGCCUUCGCGUCCGCCACCGCGCAGGUGCUGCAGCCCGACAACAACGACGUUGACAGCUACCACCCCGUCAACAACAAGGACGGCGCCGCCGUGGACGAGCGGCCACCGCCUCCGGGCCGGCCUCCGGUGCGUCCACCGCGUCCCUACGGUGGCAGAGGGCCCUCCAGGAGACCCCCGGGGCCGCAUGGCCCUCCAGGACCCCAAGGGCCUCACGGGACCGGCCCGGGGGACGCGUCCUACUAUAGAAAGCCUUGAGGACCCAGGCGCGCCCUGGGUCGGCCGUCCAGCCGGGUCAAACUGGAGAACACAAAGAAGAGAGGGGGGAGGGGGAGUGAAAGAGAGAUGGGGAGAGGCAGGAGACUGAUGAAAGGCGAG